AUGGGGAAGCUGGGCGAGUGCUGGGACGACUGCUGCGACAAGUGGAACGAGUGGAAGUACUGCCUGCUCUGCGCCGGCAUCGUGGUCGCCGUCGUGCUCUUCGCCGUGCUCCUCGCCGCCUACGGCUUCGUCCGCCACCUCGACGUCUCCGUCGACGACGCCUCGCUGACGCGGUUCGAGCUGUCGACCUCGCCGCCGGCGCUGACGUCGCUGUCGUACAACCUGUCCCUCACCCUGGUGAUCCGCAACCCGAACUGGGCGAUGAGUCUCAAGAACACCAAGCCGCUGGAGGCGCAGUACAAGUUCGACGACCAGGCGUUCGACCGAUUCCAGCUCGCCGACAAGGGCGGCAAGCACCCCGCGGGGAAGACCCGCGUUUACCACCUGUCCCCCGCGGGCACCACGAGGGCUGUCAUGCUGGGCAACGCCGGCGAGGCCGAGUUCCGGAAGGAGAACGCCACGGGGGUGUUCGAGGUGGAGGUGGCGGUCGCCGGGGAGGUCCGGUACACGGCGCACUACACCAAGUGCAAGGUCGAGGCAUCGUGCCCGCUCAAGCUGCAGCUCGCGCCGCCGGGCACCGCCGCCGUCGUGUUCCAGAAGGUCAAGUGCAAGCUCACCAAGCCGGAGAAGAACUGCUAG